AUGCCUUGCGAUUAUGGGGUAGAUUUAGGCUUUGAGCCGGAACAUAUUGACCGCAAAUCACUAUAUGUCAGCUUGGAAGAGCGCAUCAAGUAUUUGCAUCACUUCCUUGAGUGGUCUUCUGAGGAUGUCGAACAUCUCCAAAGUGGAGCCAAAUACCUCAAGCAACUUAUUCCCGCCGUCGUCAACAUGGUGUAUAAAAAGCUCCUCAAAUAUGACAUCACGUCGCGUGCCUUCCACACCCGCACCACCGCAAGUGAAGAAGAGCCUACUGAUGACUACCUCACCGAAGAGACCCCACAAAUCCAACGGCGCAAGAUGUUCCUGCGCUGGUACCUCAUCAAGCUGUGCCAGGACCCUACCAGCAUGGAUUUCUGGCGAUACCUAAACAAAGUCGGCCAAAUGCAUUCCGGUCAAGAACGCCUAGCCCCCCUCAACAUCGAAUACAUCCACCUCGGCGUCUGCCUAGGUUACAUUUCAGACAUCUUCAUCGAAGCCCUAAUGUGCCACCCUCAACUCUCCAAUCGUCGCAAAAUCGGCCUCAUCCGCGCCCUCAACAAAAUCAUCUGGAUCCAAAACGACCUCUUCGCCAAAUGGCACCUUCGCGACGGCGAGGAAUUCGCCGACGAAAUCUCCAUUUACAGCUUCGGGUCCAAUAAUAAGGAGGGAUACUUGAGUGGGAAGCGCAUUAUUGGCAGUAGCUCGGAAAGCUCCGUGGAUGAUGACCAAUCCAGUAUUGCGAGCAGUGUAGCGCCGUCCACGCAAAGUGGCGCCCACUCUACUCAAACGACCGGAUCGUCGCGGACACCGGAGGGAGCGACUAAAAGCUCAGCAUGUCCAUUUGCAGAAUUCGCGAAGAACAAUUCUUCGACCGAGACUAAGAUCUGGGCGAAUUGA